AUGACAUCCAACAUCCCCGAGAUCAUCCUGCUCUGCAUGGACAAAAUCUUCCUGACGGCCUUCAACGAUGCCCUCGAAAAGACCUGGCAAGACCACGACACAGCAAAACUAAAGAUCACUCCAAUAAACGAGCGCCUAAACUCCCUCCCAGAAGGAGCAACCUUCGACCUAAUCGUCUCACCAGCAAACUCCUACGCCCGUCUCGAUGGAGCCUUCGACCACGCCAUCUCAACACGAAGAAGGGUGAAUGUCAGGGGCUGUUGGCUGGAGAAGCAUACUGCAUCGGAACUACUUCCAACAAAUGUAAAUAAUUAA